AUGCCAACCACCACAUACCAGCCUCCGCCUCAAUUGGCCAAUAAAAGCUUGUUUCAAACGAAACCAUUUAUCGACAAUGAGUUUGUUGAAUCAACUAACUCGAAUCAGACUUUCAAAGUGAUAAACCCAGCCACUGAAGAAGUAUUGGCCGAAUUGCCAGUACAAACAGAGGGGGAGAUCGACCAAGCCAUUGAGUCAUGUCACCGGGCUUUCCAGACUUUCAAACAAACCAACCCUUAUGAUAGAGCGAAAAUGUUGCGCAAGUUGUAUGAUUUAAUGAUUGAAAACUUGGAUGAUUUGGCAAUCUUGAUUACAUUGGAGUGCGGGAAAAGUCUUGCUGAUGCCAAAGGAGAAAUUAAGUAUGCUGCUUCUUAUUUUGAAUGGUUUGGUGAGGAAGCCAAAAGAAAUUACGGGGAGACGAUUCAGACAUCAAAUCCAAAUAAUAGAGUAAUCACAGUGAGACAACCUGUUGGACCCGUUGGGCUCUUGUGUCCAUUCAAUUUCCCCACCGCUAUGGGCUCAAGGAAGGCAGCACCGGCUUGGGCAGUUGGGUGUACAUGCAUAUUGAAACCUGACGCUCAAACACCAUUGAGCUCCUUAGCACUUGCUUACCUAUCAAGAGAAGCAGGGUUUCCGCCAGGUGUUUUCAACGUAGUUUUGGGAUCGGUAGAGUCCACACCCAUGAUUGGACUGAAGAUUUGCGAAAGUCCCAAAAUCAAGAAGGUUAGCUUUACAGGUUCAACGCCAGUUGGGAAAUUGCUCAUGAAACAAAGUGCACUGACUUUGAAGAAAUUGUCCAUGGAAUUGGGUGGUAAUGCACCAAUAAUUGUUUUUGAUGAUGCGGAUUUGGAGCUUGCUGUAAGCCAAUCGAUUGCAUCCAAAUUUAGAUCUUUGGGUCAAACGUGUGUUUGUGCCAAUAGGAUCUAUGUCCAAAGUGGGAUCUAUGACAAGUUUUGUAAGGAGUUUGCCAAAAAGACAACUGAAUUUAAGGUCGGCAAUGGAAUGGAUCCUGGUAUAACCCAUGGUUGUUUGAUUAAUUCCAAAGCAGUGGCCAAAGUUGAGGAACAUUUUAAUGAUGCAAUUGCAAAAGGUGCUGAUGUUUUGGUUAAAGGUGGUAGGUUACCGGAAUUGGGCAAACACUUUUAUGCACCUUCAGUUGUCUACAAUACACCCAAUAAUGCUCAAGUUUUCCAUGAAGAGACUUUUGGUCCCUUGGCAGCAAUUGCAAAAUUCGACACCCGUGAAGAAGUGGUGCAGUUGUGUAAUGAUACUCCGUAUGGUUUGGCAUCGUAUGUAUUUAGCGAAUCGUUAAACACUGCUUGGUACAUGUCGGAGUUUUUGGAUGUCGGUAUGGUCAGUGUCAAUACUGGCUUGUUUACGGAUGCUAGUUUGCCAUUUGGCGGAAUCAAAGAAUCAGGAUUUGGUCGAGAAGGUUCACUUCACGGAAUGGAUGACUAUACUGUGAUCAAGUCAAUUACAUUGGGAAACUUGUAUAGAUAA